ACUGUUGAUGUAACACAUGCAGCCAUACCAACUGUUAUAAUCUCCGAGAUUCUGAAGGAGAUGGACUGGUAACUCAAAAAUGUUGAUGGUAUGGAUGCUUUUGCUGUCAAACAAGCUUGCAAAACAGCAAAGGGACAUGCCUUGAAGAACAGAUCCAUUGUAAGCAGUCAUAGCUUUUGUAUGGUUUUCAUGUCAUAUUAUUAAAUUCGUUAUGAUAGAAAAUGCAUCACAUUCUUUAUGGUUAUAACUUACAUCUUUUGUGUGAAUUAGGUCACUAUGGUCCAGCAUGUAUUGGAUUACUAGAGCUUAUGUGUUACUGGAGAAAUUUGAUUACAUCAAAUUUUCACUAUGAAAAUGGUUAAUAAGUAGCCAAAAGAUAGGCUGUGCAAUCUUGUGCAUGAAGUGCUUUGAUGAUUCUCAUCAUCAUCAUUAUUUAAGAUAAUCAAAAGAAAUAGAGUGUCAAUGAAAUGAAACAUGCUUUUAUGCACUUGGAUGAAAAUGAAAGUAUGAAAAGAUUCAUGCAUGAUAUUCUUACUUUUGCUACUGAAGUCACUUUUUCUUUACCUAUUUUGCAUAUAUUCGAGUUACAGUAAAGUUUUCUUUACCUAUUUUGCAUAUAUUCGAGUUACAGUAAAGUUUUCUUUACCUAUUACUGAAGUCACUUUUUCUUUACCUAUUUUGCACAUUUUAUAUUUGUGGUUCUCACAUGCUUGGCUUACUACCAGAUGAUGAUCUUCAGCUGCCGAUCAAACUCGUAAGAUUCUGUUUCAAUCUCGAUUUAUCAAAUCAUACUUGUUAAAUGUUUCUGAUUAUUUUUAGUUUAUAAUAGGGGGCAUUGUCAAGAAAAUUAGGUAUUAUUGUUGUACUACUAGCAGUAGCGUCGAUCUGUGAAUUUGUGGCGAUAUUUGACCCGAUAUAUGAAUCUCGCCAUUCUGCUGCAUUACAGAUGUUUUAGAUGUUUUCUCGAUCGUUUUCGAGGUUUGAUGUGUACGGUUUCGAAAAGUAAAUUUGGUAUCAUGGAGGGAGAAAUAAAGUUUCAAGAAAAACAAAUCGGGGCUUUCUUAAAUUCCUCGAGCUUACUAGAAUUAGCAGCUACAGAUGAUGUUUUUGGGCUCCAGUACAAGGUAGAAACAAACGGUACGAGGUUAGACGAUGUCGGUUUGUGGUACGGAAGAAAAAACAGGUGUAAAACGAAGAUGGGGUUGGAAAAACGAACUCCGUUAAUGAUUGCGGCUGUGUACGGAAGCACAAAUGUCGUGAAAUAUAUAAUCGGUUCCGGAAAAGCCGAUGUGAACAAAGUAUCUGACUCUGAUGGUGCAACUGCGCUUCACUGUGUUGCGGCUGGCAGGUCUUCUUCGUCCGUCAAAACGGUGAAGUUGUUACUUGAGGCUUGUGCGGACCCGAAUUUAACAUACGCCAACAGGAACAAACCGGUGGAUUUGAUUGCUCGAGGCGUGUUCUGUUCCAUCGCCAAAAACGGGUUCUGUUGGGCCAAUUGAAAUGGGUUUGAUGAGUCCGUUAGGUGUCGGUUCAACUCCGCCGAUGUCACCUAACGGGAAUAUGUGGCAGAAUAAAUUUGUUAAUAUAACGCCACCCGCAUUACAGCUUCCGGGUAGCCGUUUGAAGACGUCUUUAAGAUCUAGAGAUUUAGAGAUGGAACUUGAGUUGCUACAAAGGCAGCAAAUGAUUGAUAAUUUAUCCACUAAUCUUUACAACAGAUUUGGGGAAAUAAAGCCCACUAAGCUGGAUGAUGUUUACGGUUCGAACCUUCUCAACAACAAAUUCGGCAGAACUCUAACCCGCUUAGAUCAAGUUUCGGGUUUGAUUCAUCGGCUGCAGUGGCACAAGCGGUGAUGAACUCGAGGUCUGGUUUGUUCGCCCCCAAAACAACGUAGCCAGAGUUUCAUUGACCGUGGCGUCGGCAACCUGAGUCUCCGGUCAAUGACUCAAUCUUCCACUUAUUCGGAAUAGGGUUCGCCUGAUGGGAAACUAGAUUGGGGUUUCACAGUGAGGAUGCUAACAAGAAGACGUCAAAAUUUAUUUCUUUGAAUAAUUCAAUGUAAUUUGAUGAUCAAUUAAAUCUGAUAUCAUAGUUUUUUUUUAAUUUUUGUUACAAAGAAGAUAAUAUAUCAUUGGUAGAUAACAGACA